AUGCAUAAUCUGCAAGACAUCAUGCAGCAGCGACUCCUGAGUGGGGUCAACGUGCAUGGUCUUGAUAGUGACCGAUCUCUGCCCAGAGAGAAGAAGUGCAGCCAGCGGUGCUUGAAAGAGGAACCUAAACCCAUCAGAAAGAAGAUCAAGGGCAAGCCCGAUGAAUUCAACCCCCAACCAUACAAUUUCCGCCUGCAGCAGGAGGGCCAAGGCCCACGAGUACGCUCUCCGCCUUUCCACGUGCAGUUGGACCACACCAUCGCCGUGCUCUGGAAUCUGUUUCGCCAGCCUAACAACGCCCCAGACGUCGGUCAUCUCCAGUGGGCGAAGCACUUCCUGCAGAGGAUCCGUAACAACCAUGGUGACAUGCCUAAAGACGUGGAGGCGAUUGUCAAGGCCAUACAGCAGCGCAUCUUAUCGCUGUACGCCGACCUCAGCAAAAUGACGCCAUACAAGGACCCUACCUGCUGCAGUUCAGAACCAGAGCACUGUCAAGCAAAACAGUCGGUGACGUUCACUGAGAUGGUGAAGCAGAAGCCAGAAGUCGUUCAGGAGCUGUUUUGUGUAGAGAAUUUAACACUAGCCGAAUCGUGCAGCUCACAUGUAGCAUGUGAUUGUCAAACCUCAAAGGACGAAAUGGCGAAGUAUCUGAAACAACAACGUGCAGAGCGAGUACGAAUCAUACAUGCAGAACUGAAGCGUCUGCAGGAGUUAGACAAGCUCAUGGGCAAUGUUGGUGAAAGUGGCAUAGACGGUGUUGAUGUGAAAGCCUUAAAGCAAAUUGAAAGUGGAAGGGCAUCUACAUCUAGCAAAGCAGAUGAAUCUAGUACUUCUAGCAAGCAAACGGAAGAACCAAGAACAUCUCAAGCAGGAAGAUCAGUAACAACUAUUCCGUCAGGAAGAGACGUAGCAGAAGGGAAUCUUAUAGACUUUUGA